GCUGUCACCUCAACAACACAUCAACAACCGAUACUAUGGAAGGAAGCAACAGUAUCUGGCCCAGUCAACAGCAACCAGGGGGUCCAGUCUGGCCGACACAGCCCAGCCAACAGCCCAGUCAACCCCAACCCCCAUCCUGCUGGCCUGAGCAGCCCAGCAUCCCCUGCUGGCCUGGUCCUCAAUCAUCCCAACCAGCCCCAGCUCAACCUCAGCCCAUGCCUUGCUUUCCUGGGAACCCGAACACCCCCUGCUGGCCUGGGCAACAGCCAACCCAACAAGCCCCAGGUCCAGCCCAAAACUGGCCUGGGCCACAGCCAUCACAACCAUCCCCAGCUCCAGCCCAAAACUGGAACUGGCCUGGUCCUCAACCAUCCAAACCAUCCCCAGCUCCAGCCCAAAACUGGCCUGGUACUCAACCACAACAUACCCAUCCAGCCCCAACCCAUCCCUGCCAGCCGUGCUGGCCUGGACCCCAGCCCCAGCCUUCCCAAUUACAGCCCCAGCCUGCACCCCAGCCUUAUCAACCUCCAGCCUCAAUUCAAGCCCAGGCCCAGGGCCCCAGCCAGCCCAGUCCCCCAGUGUGGCCAGUCCCAGGCUUUAACCCAGGAGUUAACCCAGGGUCUGGAUGGCCAUUCGGACCUGGUCAGGACCCAGGUGUACAGUCUAGUUGGCCUGAUCAGGACCCAGGUGGUUUCCCACCUGCUACACAGUGGAAUCCGACACCAACUGGACAGAAUGUGCCCUACAACCUGAACCUACAAAGAGGCAUCUACGACAAGAUGAUGCUCACCAUCAUGGGCCAGGUCAAACCAAACGCUAAGCAGUUCACAGUGAACUUUCUGCGAGGUAAUGACAUCGCCUUCCACCUCAACUCUCGGUUCAAUGAGGGGGGCAAGCAGGCAGUGGUGAGGAACCACAAGAUGGGAGAGCACUGGGGGAAGGAGGAGAGGCACACACAGGGAGGCUUCCCCUUCAUGGCCGGUCAGUCCUUCGAGAUGAAGAUUUUGGUUACGUCUGGCGAGUUUAAGGUGGCUGUGAACGGAACUCAGCUGUUUGAGUUUAAACACCGCAUCAGAGAACUCAACCAGAUCGAUCGCAUCAACAUCCUCCAUGAUGUCAUCCUCACCUCUGUCAACGUAGACACGAUACCAUGACAACCAUACAUAUGACAUCCCAAUAUUAUACAACACUCAGCAUAGGCUACAUGCAUAACAUGGUAUCAAUCUGCAGUUAAAGUCUUUGCAACUUUUUUAUGAUAAUGGUGAUGAUGAUUAAGAUGGUGAUAAUGGUGAUGAUGAUUAUGAUGGUGAUAAUGGUGACGAGCUGCAAACAUAAUACUGCAUUAAUACCCACUAACUCCACAAAAAAACAAUCAUUUUGCAAAUGUGUGUAAUUUACAAGGUAUGAAGGACUAAGAAUUAAGCAAUGCCAUUUCGUUUAAAUGUGUAUAAUAUUUUAUAUCUAUUUUCUGUUGAACAUCUAUGUAAAUAAACAUACUUUAUGCUUA